AUGCCUCCAGGCACUGUUUUCCGACCCUUUCUGCGCGCGACGCAUCGUGCAAACGUCAUGGGCACGACCCAAGUCGCAGUGGCAGCCGCCGUCGCUGGCAUUGGCGCGUAUGCCUGGUACACGCGCAGCAACAGCACCAGCUCCGACAAGCCCGUCUUCAGCAGCUUCGGCUUCCAUACCCUGCGCCUUGACAGCACCGAGCUGAUCAACCACAACACCAAGAAGCUGCGCUUUGCGCUGCCAGAUGCCACCAAACCGAGCGGCCUUCCCCUCACAUCCGCCCUGCUGACCGUCGCCUUCCCGAGCGGCCGCUGGCUGCCCGUCAUCCGGCCGUACACCCCUGUCAACGACAUCAACGAGCCAGGCUACGUCGAGCUGAUGGUCAAGCUCUACCCGAACGGCAAACAAAGCACGCACCUGCACUCCCUCCAACCCGGCGACACGCUGACCAUGGCGCCCGUCAGGGGCCUGGCCUGGACGGCCAACCAGCACCCGCACGUGGCGCUCAUCGCGGGCGGCGCGGGCAUCAGCCCCAUGUACCAGCUGGCGCGCGGCAUCCUGCGCGACCCGACCGACCGCACCCGCGUGACGCUGGUGUGGGGCGUCAACACGGACGCCGACCUCUUCUUGCGGGACGAGUUCGCCGCGCUGGAGCGGGAGCACCCCGGUCGGUUUAGGGCUGUGUAUGUGGUGGCGGACCCGGGGGUUGGGUCGCAGCACAAGAAGGGGUUUGUCACGAGGCAGUUGCUGGAGGGGGUGGGGUUGGCGGCUGGCGAGGAACAGAAUCGGGAUGGGAAGGUUCUGGUUUGUGGGCCGCCGGCGAUGGAGAAGGCGCUGAAGGGGAAGAAGACGGGCGUGUUGGCCGAGUUGGGGUACCGGCCGGAUCAGGUGUAUAGCUUUUAG